GUCGCUCGACAUUCCCACACUCUUCGCUUGUUCGAUCAUAACGACGCUUACUUAGAUUGUGUAUGUACAUAAGUUUAUUGUGCUUUCUGUGGGUUCUAUCAGGGGAAGGUGCGUAAUUGAUUUUCUUAAUAGUGUGGGAAAUAAAGCAUAAUGCCGAAAGUAAGAAGAAGCAAGAAGGCACCUCCAGAUGGUUGGGAACUUAUAGAACCUACGCUCGAGGAAUUGGAGCAAAAAAUGCGUGAAGCUGAAACUGAACCACACGAAGGCAAAAGGAAACAGGAAUCUCUUUGGCCAAUUUUUAAAAUUCAUCAUCAGAAAUCCAGAUAUAUAUACGAUCUGUUCUACCGGCGAAAAGCUAUUAGUCGUGAACUUUAUGACUACUGCUUGAAUGAAAAGAUAGCUGAUCAGAAUCUAAUAGCAAAGUGGAAGAAAGUUGGUUAUGAGAACUUGUGCUGCUUGCGCUGUAUACAAACUAGAGAUACAAAUUUUGGUACUAAUUGUAUUUGUCGGGUACCAAAGGGAAAGUUAGAAGAAGGUAGGAUAGUGGAAUGUAUUCACUGUGGUUGCAGAGGAUGUUCUGGUUAAUUAAGUCCACUGCUAAUUUAAGGCACUCAUUUUUAUUAUCAGUUUAAAUAGCUUUAAUAAUAAAUGUAUAUGUAUUUUGUAAAUAAAUGCGUUCUGUCUAAUGA